GCAACCCGAAGAAAUACUGGACGAGUUAUGUAGUCUUCUUAAAAACUGGGAAUGCAGCUCCGAAAGUAUCUUCUAAAACGUUGUGUCAGCCAAUCUUUUAUAUUACUUUGGGGAAUUAACAGAAGCACUGGAAUUGUGUGUGAUUCAAGGUCAGAGUGGCUGGAUGAGGUAAACAAUGGUUCUACGGCUCUCCGGAAUUCUGCGGAGGCUCCAGCAGUUUCCUGAAAACAGGCAUUUCAGUAGGUUCCUCUCGGCCAGCCGCACCGCAAAUCUUUUCAUUCGACGGCCGGAGAGUCGGCAAAGUCCCUUGAGCUUCAACAAGACACCCCUGAGUGAGGGAAUUAUUUUAAAUUCUUUCAAGAAAAACAAUAACCACAGUGGUUAUUCCAGUAUUUCCAUUAACUGCAGUUUGCAAUCAAGUAGUGCUUUUACUUAUGGGAACCUCUUCGUUGGUGUUUCGAAUACACGGGAAGCAUUCCCUUUCCCCUUGGGAAUGCAGAGGCGGAUUCUGUCGACUACCGCCACCAGCCCUAUAACAAAACAGGGAGGCCUGCCUGGAAAAAGGCCACCCAAGGGACCAAGGACCAAACAGCCAUCCAGAACCAACCAGCCCCCACAGGAAGACAAGGGUGUGAUGCAGUGCAUUGCUUAUGCAACAGCAGACCAGUAUCACUUGCCGACAUUGUGCCAUGACUUGAUAUCCCAUGGAUAUGCUGAAAUUACAGACUUGCCGAGAGAUGCUGCAAAUGUCCUAGUCGUUGGUACAGAAAUGGCUUCAAAACCAAAUGACCAAGCAAUGAUCUUUUUCUUCAGGGAGGGCUCUGUCGUCUUCUGGAAUGUGGAAGAUAAGACGAUGAAACAUGUUAUGAGAAUCCUGGAGAAUCAUGAGAUCCAGCCAUACGAAGUAGCACUAGUUCACUGGGAGAAUGAAGAGAUCAACUACACAAUUGGGGAAGGAAGCUCAAAGUUGCAUCAUGGGAAUAUCUUGCUAAACUCAGAGCUAGAUCUUGAACAAGUAGUUUUGGAAAAGUUUGCAUUUUCCAAUGCACUCUCAUUAUCAGUAAAGUUGGCAAUCUGGGAGGUAUCUCUGGAUAACUUUGUGGAAUCUAUUCAGUCAAUUCCAGAGAUGUUGAAAUCGGGAAAAAGGGUCAAACUUUCUCGGGCAGAAGUCAUGCAAAAAAUCGGAGAACUGUUUGCACUAAGGCACCGUAUUAACCUGAGCUCUGAUCUGCUUAUCACCCCUGAUUUCUACUGGGACCGAGAAAACCUUGAACAGCUCUAUGACAAGACUUGUCAGUUCCUUAGCAUCAACCGCAGAGUCAAGGUGAUGAACGAGAAGCUGCAGCACUGCACUGAGCUGACUGAUCUCAUGAGGAACCACCUGAGUGAGAAACACGGCCUGCGUCUGGAGUGGAUGAUCGUAAUUCUGAUCACGAUUGAGGUGAUGUUUGAACUUGCCAGAGUGGUCUUCUGAUUGGUAAUGCUGUACUGUCACAUGUUCUAUACCUGAAAUAAAAUUAUCAGUGUGAAAUGAUAGAAAGUAAACUGUGAACCAGUAAGAUCGCAUGGUUUUACAUGUCAGUUACGUGUGCUUUACAUUAAAGAGGAAAAUUCUAAAAGUA